GAGUAGCUCUCUAGUAACGUAUGAAAAGUAUGGGGUGACAGAAGAUUUCUGCUCCUAAGCUGCGCGGGUGCGUGCUGCUUGAGGGUCCCACCCCCGAUGUGACGUCAUUGCAAUUAAGGAUCUGAGCUCCAAACUCAGCGCAGACCAGGCAGAUCUGAACGGAGGUUCGCUCUCAUCAUCAGACCAGUCCACGAGGAAAGGAGAGGUUCAAAGACAAUGAUGGAGCUAGUGACCACUUCCCCUUUCCUUAAUAUGACAGAUGAAGCUUGGAGGAACGGCUCUUUGUAUGGCGAUGGUGAUGAGUAUGACGACAGGGAUGAUCGUGGCUACAUCGAUGAGCAUGCUGAGCUGAGACAAUCUCUUAACAUCAUGUCUCUGAUUGUUUACUGCCUGGCAUUUGUCCUCGGGUGUGCUGGAAAUGGAGUGGUGAUCUGGGUGACGGGCUUCAAGAUGAAGAAAACUGUUAACACUGUUUGGUUCCUCAACCUUGCCGUGGCUGACUUCCUCUUUACAGCAUUCCUGCCUUUGAGUGUGACAUACACAGCCAAAUUCCACUGGCCUUUUGGCAAGUUCAUGUGCAAGCUGAACACCACCGUAAGCUUUCUCAACAUGUUUGCCAGUGUCUACAUCCUGGUGGUGAUUAGUGUGGACAGAUUGUGUGUCAGUGGUGUGGCCCGUCUGGCACAGAACAAUCGAAAUGUACGCAAGGCUUCCUGUGUGAGUCUGUGUGUUUGGGUGGUAGCUUUGAUUCUCAGUGCUCCGUACUUCAUCUUCAGGGACACUGGGCCUUCUUACCACAACGACGAUAUUAUCAACUGUUUCAACAACUUUGCGUUCUCUGAUGAUUAUGAAACUCUAUCAGUGAUUCAGUUACGACUUUUUCGCCAUCAGGCCAUGACCAUUACCCGCUUUGUCCUGGGCUUUGGUCCCUUCAGUAUCAUUGUCUCCUGUUAUGCAGUCAUAAUCCAUCGGCUUAGAAAAGAACGCACCCUAGCCAGCCAAUCCAGUCGACCCUUUAAAAUAAUUGCUGCCAUCAUUGUCACUUUCUUCCUGUGCUGGGCUCCUUUUCACAUCAUGGGUCUAAUUGAGUUAGUACAUCAUACAGCAAAUUAUUCAAGUGAAACAUUAGACCACAUCAUCGCCAUCGGGGUCCCUAUAGCAAACGCCUGGCAAUUCCUCAACAGCUGCCUGAACCCACUUCUGUAUGUGUUUAUGGGCCAAGAUUUCAAAGAUAAAGUCCGCAAAUCUAUCCUGAAUGUGUUGGAGACUGCCUUCCAGGAGGAGGUGUCUCGCUCUUACACAUACACAAACUCAAUGGUCACAGUUCGGAGUAAAGACAAGUCAAUAUCUGAUGCUGAGGUGUGAGGCUUUCACUGACUAAACUAAUAUUCUCAACUGUACAGAACCAAAAUGUUAAGGUAAAUACCAAAUUAUUACUUUUCUUUUUUAUAUCUGAUUAUCUUUAGGCUGUAUAAGGAAGCACUGCAAGUAUUUCUUACAAAUAUAAUAUAAUAGUCCUAAAUAUUUUUUUAUAUUUUGGACAAAGGAGAAAGUGUACGAAUUAAAGGUAUUUUAGUGAGAUUUGACAUAUAUGACAAUGAAGAGCAUUGUGGCCUUUUCCCUUCUGCCACAGACAGUAUUUCAUAAAGAACCUUGUCAC